CCGAAGGGUGCUGGGCGGAGCCAGGCUGGUGCUGCACAGGAUGCUGGCCAGGAAGGGCUGAACUGCACUUCUGCUUGGGGAGGACAGAGACUGACAUGGAGCAGGGGAAGGGCCUGGCGGGCCUUAUCCUGGCGGUCAUUCUUCUCCAAGGUACCAAAGCCCAGAAGAAAUUAGAGGACAUUAAGAUAGAAGUGAAUGACAAGCGAGAAGAUGGUUCCGUCCUUCUGAUUUGUAACUCACAAGACAAAGAGAUCACGUGGCUAAAAGAUGGAAAUAUAAUAAAUUCCACAAAUUCAAAUAAAAACACAUGGAAUCUGGGAAGCAGUAGCAAGGACCCUCGAGGGAUAUAUGCCUGUCAAGGAGCAAAGGGGGAGUCAAAGCGACUCCAAGUGUACUACAGAAUGUGUCAGAACUGCAUUGAGCUGAGCCCAGCCACCAUCUCCGGCUUCCUCUUUGUUGAAAUCUUGAGCACUCUCUUCCUUGCCGUGGGCGUCUACUUCAUUGCUGGGCAGGACGGAGUUCGACACUCGAGAGCUUCAGACAAACAGACUCUGUUGCCCAACGACCAGCUCUAUCAGCCCCUCAAGGACCGGGAAGAUGACCAGUACAGUCACCUGCAAGGAAACCACCUGAAGAAGUGAGCUCAGGAGCUCCGCGUGGGUGUUCUCCGUCCUACUCUCAAAAUCAAAACAAUACAUUUGGAGCGCUCCCAACGGAGAGUUUUCAGCUAAACCUAGUCUCAAGUCCCGCGGAGGUGACAAAUGGCAAGGGGUGGUCAGAGCAAAGUUUAGUUUUGUUCUCUAAAUAAAAUAAAAACCCAGGCUGAGGGUGUUGCCUAGUGACAGAGCACUUACCUAGCCUAGGCGACGCCCUGGGCUCCAUCCCCAGCAUGGGGUGUGUGGGGGUGCCCUUACAGUGUGGUGUUUCUGGAGCGCCACCUACUGGGGAAGAGUGUAAAAAAUAAAAAGGUCAAAUCACCCCUAUUUGGUUGGGGGGGCCGGGGUUCAUACCAAGAAUUGAAUUCAGGACUUUGCAUUUGCCAGGCAGGCGCUUGUGGCACUGAGCUAUAUCCCUGGACUAAUAAUCCAUAUUUGAAUAGAAUUAUUUUUCAAUUUUAAUUUGCAUUGAGUUUCUGCAUAGGUAAUAAUUCACAUGGGUCCAACAUACAGUAAAAUUUGUCCCUCUCCCUCCAUUCUCAGCCACCCAAUUGCUUCUCCAGAGACAAACUAGUCUUGUAGACAUCUUCCAGGAGGUAACCUGGGAACGUGAGCAAAUUACCCCCGCUUCACCUGCUUACACACGUGGUAUCGAACUAUACAUCUUGUACCUUCCCCUAGUAAAACUUAGAGAUCGUUUCACACCAGUGUAAAGAACUUUUUAGUACAGCCACGCUGCACAGAUACAGUACAAGGUAGUUAACAGGCAUCUAUUGCUGGGCACUUAAAAUUGGUUCUAAACUUUCACUCAUAACAAGCCUGCCAUGACUAACACUGUACAAAUGCCACUUAAAAAUAAUUUCAGUGAAGUAUAAUUUACCUGCCGUAAAGUUCACCUCUGUUGAUUAUUUCUCUGCUGCUAAUUUUUAGUAAAUUUAUCCUUCACCAUAACAUUCCCAUCCAAACGGCCUGCUAUGCUCACAGUCACGCCCUGUCCCUGUCCUCCACCCACAGCAGUUACAAGUCUCAUCACGGUCUCCUUAGGGUUCCCUAUUCUGGACGUUUCCGAGAAAAGAAACAAAAUCAUACAAGUAAGAGGCCUUUGUGUCUUUUAGCGUGUUUAAUGGUUCAUCCAUAUUGUCUCAUACUUCAAUAUCCUGUCUCAUUUUAUUAUGGAAUAUUUUAUUAUAUGCAUUCUAUGUUUUGUUUAUCUGUUCGCUGUCCAGUGGACAUUUGAGUUGUUUCCAUUUUGCUGCAAUAAAUAGCCAUUCUUGUGCAA